AUGAAGAAGGCGGCACUGUUGCAUCGUGCUGCGCGUAUUUGCAGGAUGACUUCUACACUGGCCUCAACGACGAGAAAUUCAACGAUCCUCGGCUUCGAGAGGAAAUACGAAACGAAGUGCUGUGAGCACACACGGUGGAUGGGCUGGUACGUAUUCAAUGGCUACGAAGGCGGCUGUGUUGGUUGCAGAAGCCGCCGCAUGGCGAUGCAAACAAGAAGGACUCAUCGGCCGAGAAGAACAUCGCUCUGCCAGGCGGACCUGGGAGCACUUCAAGGUGGUCGACGCUGGUUUCGGACAGGUUGCGCUCCACAGCGACAUCCACAACCGCUUCGUGCGAAUGUGGAAGAGCGUGAUGCUGCUUCAACUGAGGCUCGACAUCACACGCAUUCGUGUCACCCCUCGGGGCACGUUUGCGGGCUGAACUUGCAAGAAGGCUAUGACGCCUUCCAGCCAGCAGCAGAUGCCGCUUUUCGAGAGGAUGCCGAGGGCUUCCGCAGCUUCUACGAGGCGCUCCAGCUGAAUCCUUGCCUGGACCCCAUCCACACUUCUGGACUGCGAGCAGUAGAGGAUGCGGCGCAGAUGCGGAGCAAAACUUCUCAGCCUACUCUGCCGAUGCUGUCCGCGGCCCUCUUCGCGCUGGAACAAGGCCGCUUCCGACGUGCCAUCUGGCACUGCAAGCACCACGCCGGCCGUGGCGUGAGGAGUGCGGAUGAGAAGCAAAACAACUCAAGUCUUCGUCGAGAGCUCGCUGCGCGUUGGCAUGCGACAUACUCAGAAGUGUGCUUGAACACUACGGGCUCCUUCCGGCAGCCUGCAGGGCCGCCCACGACUCUACCAGCGCAGCUUCCGUUGCGGGUUCCCGCGUACACCACGCAUCGCCAAUGA